AUGGGAGAUAUAAAUGUAUCAAGUUUUGAAGCAAACACAAUGUAUUCAAUCAGUAGAACACCAGUUUCUACAGCAGUGGCUACUGCAGAAAAGCCUAGAAAAUUUACUGGCUUAAAGAAGUUUGUGGCUGUAAAAUUUUUGGACUAUAAGAUAGUUGAUAGCAAGACUGUGAUGUCUCAAGUCCAAGAACUACAAGUCAUUAUUCAUGAUCUUCUAGCAGAAGGUAUGAUCAUAAAUGGAAUAUUUCAAGUAGCGGCAAUAAUCGAGAAAUUGCCUCCUUCAUGGAAAGACUUCAAAAAUUAUUUGAAGCACAAGCGAAAGGAGAUGACUCUUGAAGACUUAAUUGUUCGUCUUAGGAUCGAGGAAGACAACAAGGCUGCUGAAAAUAAGGCUAGAGGAAACUCAAUAAUUAUGGGAGAAAAUAUUAUUGAGGAUGGUCCAAAUAAAUCAAAAAAGAGGAAGAAACCUUCUGGAUCGAAGAACUAUCCUAGUAAAAAGAAGUUCAAAGGAGACUGCCAUAACUGUGGAAAAACUGGACAUAAGGCUAUGAAAUGUCGUGCUUCCAAGAAGGAAAAGAAGAAAGGACAAGUCAACAUGGUUGAUAUAAAUGGGGAUGUUGAAAACUUAUGUGCAAUGCUGACCGAAUGCAACCUGGUAAAAAAUUCCAAAGAAUGA